AUGCUGGAGAGAGAUGUGAUCAGUCUGGUGGCCAGCGCGGGCCAUUGGAGGGCGUCAGACUUGAUUCGGAGUGAUGGAGAGCAGGAGCCAGUGGAAAAAUGUGAUGAACCACUUGUGUCUGGACUCCCCCAUGUAGCUUUCAGCAGCUCGUCCUCCAUGUCUGGGAGCUAUUCUCCAGGCUAUGCCAAGAUCAACAAGCGAGGGGGUGCUGGGGGAUGGUCUCCAUCCGACAGUGACCAUUAUCAAUGGCUUCAGGUUGACUUUGGCAAUCGGAAGCAGAUCAGUGCCAUUGCAACCCAAGGAAGAUACAGCAGCUCAGACUGGGUGACCCAAUACCGCAUGCUGUACAGUGACCCUGGGAGAAACUGGAAACCCUACCAUCAGGAUGGGAACAUCUGGGCAUUUCCUGGAAAUAUCAACUCUGAUAGUGUGGUUCGGCAUGAUUUGCAGCAUCCGAUUAUUGCCCGCUAUGUGCGCAUAGUGCCUCUGGAUUGGAACGGAGAAGGCCGCAUUGGGCUCAGAAUUGAAGUCUAUGGCUGUUCUUACUGGGCUGAUGUUAUCAAUUUUGAUGGCAACGUUGUGUUACCAUAUAGAUUCAGAAACAAGAAGAUGAAAACACUGAAAGAUGUCAUUGCCUUGAAAUUUAAAACCUCUGAAAGUGAAGGAGUGAUCUUGCAUGGGGAAGGACAGCAAGGGGAUUACAUUACCCUGGAACUGAAAAAAGCCAAGUUGGUCUUCAGCUUAAACCUAGGAAGCAAUCAGCUUGGCCCCAUCUAUGGCCACACGUCCGUGAUGACUGGAAGUCUGCUGGAUGACCACCACUGGCACUCUGUGGUCAUUGAGCGCCAGGGCCGGAGCAUUAACCUCACCCUGGACAGGGGCAUGCAGCACUUCCGCACCAACGGAGAGUUUGACUACCUGGACCUGGACUAUGAGAUAACCUUCGGAGGCAUACCUUUCUCUGGGAAGCCAAGUUCCAGCAGUAGAAAGAACUUCAAAGGCUGUAUGGAAAGCAUUAAUUAUAAUGGUAUCAACAUAACUGAUCUUGCGAGAAGGAAGAAACUAGAGCCCUCAAAUGUGGGAAAUUUGAGUUUCUCGUGUGUGGAGCCCUACACAGUGCCUGUCUUUUUCAAUGCUACCAGUUACCUGGAGGUGCCAGGACGGCCUAACCAGGACCUGUUUUCAGUCAGUUUCCAGUUCAGGACUUGGAAUCCAAACGGUCUCCUGCUUUUCAGUCAGUUUGCAGAUAAUUUGGGCAAUGUGGAGAUUGACCUCACUGAAAGCAAAGUUGGUGUUCACAUCAACGUCACGCAGACCAAGAUGAGCCAAAUAGAUAUUUCCUCAGGUUCUGGGUUGAAUGACGGACAGUGGCAUGAGGUUCGUUUCCUGGCUAAGGAAAAUUUUGCCAUUCUCACCAUCGAUGGAGACGAGGCUUCAGCUGUUCGAACUAAUAGUCCUCUUCAAGUUAAAACUGGCGAGAAGUACUUUUUUGGAGGUUUUCUGAACCAGAUGAAUAACUCCAGUCACUCUGUCCUUCAGCCUUCAUUCCAAGGAUGCAUGCAGCUCAUUCAAGUGGAUGACCAACUGGUAAAUUUAUAUGAAGUGGCACAGAGGAGGCCAGGGAGUUUUGCGAAUGUCAGCAUCGACAUGUGUGCCAUUAUAGACAGAUGUGUGCCCAAUCACUGUGAGCAUGGCGGGAAGUGCUCGCAAACAUGGCACAGCUUCCAGUGCGCUUGUGAGGAGACGGGGUACAGUGGGGCCACCUGCCACAACUCGAUCUAUGAGCCUUCCUGUGAAGCAUACAAACACCUGGGCCAGACGUCAAAUUACUACUGGAUAGAUCCUGACGGCAGUGGACCUCUGGGGCCUCUGAAAGUCUACUGCAACAUGACAGAGGACAAAGUGUGGACCAUAGUGUCUCACAAUUUGCAGAUGCAGACCACAGUGGUGGGCUACAGCCCAGAAAAGUACUCUGUGACGCAGCUCGUGUACAGCGCCUCCAUGGACCAGAUCAGCGCCGUCACCAGCAGUGCCGAGCACUGUGAGCAGUACGUCUCCUAUUUCUGCAAGAUGUCGAGGUUGUUGAACACACCAGAUGGAAGCCCUUACACCUGGUGGGUCGGCAAAGCCAACGAGAAGCACUACUACUGGGGCGGCUCGGGGCCCGGAAUUCAGAAGUGCGCCUGCGGCAUCGAGCGGAACUGCACGGACCCCAAGUACUACUGUAACUGUGACGCGGAUUACAAGCAGUGGAGGAAGGACGCUGGCUUCUUAUCCUACAAAGACCACCUGCCAGUAAGCCAGGUGGUAGUUGGAGAUACUGACCGGCAAGGCUCAGAAGCCAAACUGAGCGUGGGCCCCCUGCGCUGCCAAGGAGACAGAAAUUAUUGGAAUGCUGCCUCUUUCCCAAACCCAUCAUCCUACCUGCACUUCUCUACUUUCCAAGGGGAAACUAGUGCUGACAUUUCUUUCUACUUCAAAACAUUAAUCCCCCGGGGCGUGUUUCUGGAAAAUCUGGGCAACACAGAUUUCAUCAAACUUGAGCUGAAAUCUGCCACCGAAGUGUCCUUUUCGUUUGAUGUCGGAAAUGGGCCGGUGGAGAUUGUGGUGAGGUCGCCCUCCCCUCUCAAUGAUGACCAGUGGCACCGGGUCACCGCGGAGAGGAAUGUCAAGCAAGCCAGUUUACAGGUGGAUCGGCUGCCCCAGCAGAUCCGCAAGGCACCCACAGAGGGUCACACCCGCCUGGAGCUCUACAGCCAGUUGUUUGUUGGUGGCGCCGGGGGCCAGCAGGGCUUCCUUGGCUGCAUCCGCUCCCUGAGGAUGAACGGCGUGACGCUGGACCUGGAGGAAAGAGCGAAGGUCACGUCCGGGUUCAAAUCCGGGUGCUCGGGCCACUGCACCAGCUACGGGGCCAACUGUGAGAACGGAGGCAGGUGUCUAGAGAAAUACCACGGCUACUCCUGUGACUGCUCCCACACGGCCUACGAUGGCACAUUUUGCAACAAAGAUGUUGGCGCAUUUUUUGAAGAGGGAAUGUGGCUACGGUACAACUUCCAGGCACCGGGGGUCAGUGGCAAAGAAUCGGGCGGCCGGUCAGACAACUCCCCUGAUCAGCAGAGCGCCCCUCCCGAUCUGGCCCAUGAGGGGAUCCACUUCAGCUUCAGUACCUCCAAGGCGCCCUGCAUUCUCCUCUACGUCAGCUCCUUCACAACAGACUUCUUGGCCGUUCUCAUCAAACCUGCCGGAAGCUUACAGAUUCGGUACAACCUGGGCGGCACCAGGGAGCCCUAUAACAUUGAUGUAGAUCAUAGAAACAUGGCCAAUGGACAACCCCACAGUGUUAACAUCACCCGGCACGAGAGGACCGUAAUUCUCAAGCUUGAUCACUAUCCUUCUGUGAGUUACCAUCUGCCGAGCUCGUCUGACACACUGUUCAAUUCUCCCAAGUCGCUCUUUCUAGGAAAAGUUAUAGAAACCGGGAAGAUUGACCAAGAGAUUCACAAAUACAACACCCCGGGAUUCACUGGGUGCCUCUCCAGAGUCCAGUUCAACCAGAUUGCUCCUCUCAAGGCGGCCUUGAGGCAGACGAACGCCUCGGCUCACGUGCACAUCCAGGGCGAGCUGGUGGAGUCCAACUGCGGGGCGUCCCCUCUGACCCUCUCCCCCAUGUCGUCUGCCACCGACCCCUGGCACCUCGAUCACUUGGAUUCAGCCAGUGCUGAUUUUCCAUAUAAUCCAGGACAAGGCCAAGCUAUACGAAAUGGAGUCAACAGAAACUCGGCUAUCAUUGGAGGCGUCAUCGCUGUGGUGAUUUUCACCAUUCUCUGCACCUUGGUCUUCCUCAUCCGCUACAUGUUCCGCCACAAGGGCACCUACCACACCAACGAAGCAAAGGGAGCGGAGUCAGCAGAGAGCGCCGAUGCAGCCAUCAUGAACAACGACCCCAAUUUCACAGAGACCAUUGAUGAGAGCAAAAAGGAAUGGCUCAUCUGAGGGGUGGCUAUUUGGCUAUGGGAGAGGGAGGGGCGAGUUAUUAGGGAGGAGGGAAAGGGACAAAAGCACCCUACUUCAUACUCUUGAGCACAUCCUGAAAAUAUCAGCACAAGUUGGGGGAGGCAAGCAACAGAAAAUUCUGGAGAUGGAUCGCCACAAAAAAAAAAAAAAAUACUUUUUAAUAUUUCUUUAUAGCUGAGUUUCCCCUUCUAUAUCAACUCAAAAUAAUACAAAAAAAAUGCUUUUAGAGUUUAAG